AUGUCUCAGGCUGACUUGCUGAAACCGCUGCUCGAAGGUAUCUUGGCCGAGCUGAAAGCUAUCAGAGAGCGUAUUGGUACGGAGAAACCGGAUGGAAAAGCCGAUAGCAGCUCGGAGUCUAAAGUAAAGGCGGCUUCUAAUACGGGAUCCUUACUUAGCUUAGAUAACCUUGACCAAAAGACAACUGUAUCUGUUGCAACUAGCAAUAUUGCUACCAAUAUACCACAGAUCGGAAUUACAACAACUUCUGCAUCGCCCUUACCUAUUCACGAUAUUUACUCCCGAGACAUAGUAAAACAUCAUGGCAUCGAAGAUAUUCCGGCGAGACUACUAAUUGACGGUGAGGAAGAUAGUUGGUCGCGUCUUAUGGGAGACUCAUGGCAAGUCCCUGAGGAUGGCCGCUGGCGGUUGACAUUUGCGAGACGUUGGCUGCUUGACACUUCGCCUGAUCAAAUACGCGACCAUCUAGAACGUAAAAUUAUUUAUACGGUUGGGAAACCCAAGGUCGAGUGCAAGCCAAGAUCAUUUGCUCCUGAUGAUAAAGACAAGUUUGUCACUGAAAACUUGCCCAUAGCACCAUGGAGCAGAAUUAUAAUAAGACUUAUGACGGGCCGGGAAUGUCGGCACACCCAUCUUGUCCAUAAAAUCGGAAGGAGUAGAAAAAUAGACUUCUCUGAGGUCUAG